AUUCCUUUCGUAAAACUGUCUCGGGAUCUUUACCGGAGGUGAAGUAUUAUAGACACUUGGCACCUGAUCACUUACUUCAAAUAUGCCAUCGACUAGGACCACUUCUAGAGCAAGAAAUUCCCCAAAGUGUCCCUGGAGUGCAAACAUUAUUAGGAGCUGGCAGACAGUCUUUGCUUCGUACAAACAAAAGUUGCAAACAUGUUGUAUGGAAAGGAUCAGCUCUUGCUGCAUUACAUUGUGGGAGGCCUCCAGAGUCACCUGUAAAUUAUGGCAGUCCACCUAGUAUAGUGGAUACCCUAUUUUCAAGAAAACUAAAUGGAAAGUACAGGCUUGAACGCCUUGUUCCAACUGCAGUCUAUCAACAUAUGAAGAUGCACAAACGAAUUUUAGGACACUUAUCUUCUGUAUACUGUGUAACUUUUGAUCGGACUGGCAGGCGAAUAUUUACUGGAUCAGAUGAUUGUCUGGUAAAAAUCUGGGCAACAGAUGAUGGAAGGUUGCUGGCUACCCUGAGAGGGCACGCAGCUGAAAUAUCUGAUAUGGCAGUGAACUAUGAAAACACCAUGAUAGCUGCUGGGAGCUGUGAUAAAAUGAUCAGAGUUUGGUGCCUUCGAACAUGUGCACCCUUAGCAGUUCUGCAGGGCCACAGUGCAUCUAUAACGUCAUUGCAGUUCUCUCCACUGUGCAGUGGCUCAAAGAGAUACUUAUCUUCAACUGGGGCAGAUGGAACGAUAUGCUUUUGGCUGUGGGAUGCUGGCACCCUUAAAAUAAAUCCAAGGCCAACAAAGUUUACAGAACGCCCUCGGCCCGGAGUCCAAAUGAUCUGUUCUUCUUUUAGUGCUGGUGGAAUGUUUUUGGCCACUGGGAGUACAGAUCACAUCAUUAGGGUUUAUUUCUUUGGAUCAGGUCAGCCAGAGAAGAUAUCAGAGUUGGAGUUUCAUACUGACAAAGUUGAUAGCAUUCAAUUUUCUAAUAGUAGUAGCAGAUUUGUGAGUGGAAGCCGUGAUGGAACAGCGCGGAUCUGGCAAUUUAAGCGAAGGGAAUGGAAAAGCAUUUUGUUAGAUAUGGCUACUCGCCCAGCAGGACAAAGUCUACAGGGAGUUGAAGAUAAAAUCACAAAGCUGAAAGUGACCAUGGUGGCAUGGGACCGCCAUGACAACUCUGUUAUAACUGCAGUAAAUAACAUGACUCUGAAAGUUUGGAAUUCUUUCACUGGCCAACUCAUUCAUAUUCUCAUGGGACAUGAAGAUGAAGUGUUUGUACUUGAACCUCACCCAUUUGAUCCAAGAGUUCUCUUCUCUGCUGGACAUGAUGGAAACGUCAUAGUUUGGGAUUUAGCAAGAGGGGUCAAAAUCCGGUCUUACUUCAACAUGAUUGAAGGACAAGGACAUGGUGCAGUUUUUGACUGCAAGUGCUCUCCUGAUGGACAGCAUUUUGCAUGUACCGAUUCUCACGGUCACCUUCUGAUUUUUGGCUUUGGUUCCAGUAGCAAAUACGACAAGAUAGCAGAUCAGAUGUUCUUUCAUAGCGAUUAUCGGCCCCUUAUCCGUGAUGCCAACAACUUUGUCCUGGAUGAGCAGACACAGCAGGCUCCACACCUUAUGCCUCCUCCAUUUUUGGUUGAUGUGGAUGGCAACCCUCAUCCUGCAAGGUAUCAAAGACUAGUUCCUGGUCGUGAGAACUGCAGGGAGGAGCAGCUUAUCCCUCAGAUGGGAGUAACAUCUUCAGGAUUGAAUCAAGUUCUUAGUCAACAAGCAAAUCAAGAAGUUAGUCCACUGGAUAGCAUGAUUCAAAGACUUCAGCAAGAACAGGAUCAGAGACGGUCUGGGGAGGCAGGAACUAGUAGUACCAGCCGGAUAAGCAGAGGAUCUAUAAGCUCUACCUCAGAAGUACACUCACCACCAAAUAUAGGAUUACGACGUAGUGGACAAAUUGAAGGUGUGCGUCAGAUGCACAGCAACGCACCAAGAAGUGAAAUAGCCACUGAGCGGGACCUUGUGGCUUGGAGUCGAAGGGUUGUAGUGCCUGAGCUUUCUUCUGGGGUGGCCAGUAGGCAGGAAGAAUGGAGAACAGCAAAGGGAGAAGAAGAAAUAAGAGUUUACCGGUCAGAAGAGAAAAGAAAGCAUGUAAUGAGUCAUGUUCAAAGAGACAACAAAAUACCUACUUUCUCUAAGGUCCUUGAGAAGAAAAGGACCGAGAUUGAAAGCCAUCUGAAAAACCAUUCUCAUGAUCAUUUACUAGAUGCUAGUGAAUCAAGAAAGCAGCAAGCUAACCAGCACAAUUACCGUACCAGGCAUGCGUUGGAAGAAACUGCGAGGCCUCCUGAAGACUUAGAAAAUGGGCACAGUUCCUCAGAUGAAGGAGAAGUAGUUGUUGCCAGUGGUGGAACAUCAGAAGAUGAUGAAAGAGCAUGGCACAGUGAUGGCAGCUCUAGUGACUAUUCCAGUGAUUAUUCUGACUGGACAGCAGAUGCAGGGAUCAAUCUGCAACCACCAAAGAAAAUUCCUAAACUCAAAACAAAGAAAGCUGAAAGUAGUUCAGAGGAUGAAGAAGGACCUGAAAAACAAAAGAAGCAAAUUAAGAAAGAAAGAAAAAAAGGGAACGAGGAGAAAGACGGACCAACAUCAUCACCAAAGAAGAGGAAACCCAAAGAGAGAAAACAGAAGAGGCUGGCUGUAGGAGUUUUGGCAGAAAAUGGUUUGACGCUGGAAGAGUGGCUGCCUUCAGCAUGGAUUACAGAUACUGUUCCUCGUCGGUGCCCGUUUGUACCACAGAUGGGGGAUGAGGUCUACUAUUUCCGACAAGGUCAUGAGGCAUAUGUUGUGAUGGCAAAGAAGAACAAAAUAUAUAGUAUUAACCCCAAAAAACAACCAUGGCAUAAAAUGGAGUUACGGGAGCAAGAGCUGAUGAAAAUAGUUGGCAUUAAGUAUGAAGUGGGUUUGCCAACUCUCUGCUGUCUUAAACUAGCUUUUCUUGACCCAGAUACGGGUAAACUGACUGGAGGAUCAUUCACCAUGAAGUACCACGAUAUGCCUGAUGUCAUAGAUUUCCUAGUCUUGAGGCAGCAGUUUGAUGAUGCAAAACACAGGCGAUGGAAUAUAGGUGAUCGUUUCAGGUCAGUAAUAGAUGAUGCGUGGUGGUUUGGAACAAUUGAAAGCCAGGAACCUCUUCAGCCUGAUUAUCCUGAUAGCUUGUUUCAGUGCUACAAUGUCUGCUGGGACAAUGGGGAUACCGAGAAGAUGAGUCCUUGGGACAUGGAGCUGAUACCAAGUAAUGCUGUAUUUCCAGAAGAAUUGGGAACAAGCGUUCCUUUAACAGAUGAUGAACGUAGAACGCUGCUCUACAAACCUCUGGAUGGAGAGUGGGGUUCCAGGACCCGAGAUGAAGAGUGCGACAGAAUUAUUGCAGGGAUACACCAACUCAUGACUCUAGAUAUUGCUUCUGCAUUUGUGGCACCUGUGGAUCUUCAGGCUUACCCAAUGUAUUGCACAGUUGUGGCAUAUCCCACAGAUCUCAGUACCAUUAAACAAAGACUGGAAAGCAGAUUUUACAGGCGACUUUCUUCAUUAAUGUGGGAGGUCCGAUAUAUAGAACAUAAUACUCGCACAUUUAAUGAACCUGGAAGUCCUAUUGUCAAAUCUGCCAAGUUUGUCACGGAUCUUCUGCUACAUUUCAUAAAAGACCAGAGUUGCUAUGAUAUAAUUCCCUUAUACAACGCAAUGAAGAAGAAAGUGUUGUCUGACUCUGAUGAGGAAGAAGAGAAAGAUGCAAAUAUGCCAGGGACUUCCACUAGAAAAAGAAAGGAUCAUCAGCCGAAGCGGCGGCUACGUAAUAGAGCCCAGUCGUAUGACAUUCAGUCAUGGAAGAAGCAAUGUCAGGAGUUGUUGAAUCUCAUUUUUCAGUGCGAAGACUCUGAACCAUUUCGACAACCAGUGGAUCUCCUUGAAUAUCCAGAUUAUAGAGAUAUUAUUGACACGCCAAUGGAUUUUGCUACGGUUAGAGAAACGUUGGAAGCUGGCAACUACGAGUCACCAAUGGAGUUAUGUAAAGACGUGCGACUUAUUUUCAGCAAUUCCAAAGCCUACACACCAAGUAAAAGGUCAAGGAUCUACAGCAUGAGUUUGCGCCUCUCUGCUUUCUUUGAGGAACAUAUAAGUUCUAUUUUGUCAGAUUAUAAAUCUGCCCUACGUUUUCAUAAAAGAAAUACAAUAAAGAAACGAAGGAAGAAAAGAAGUAGAAGCAGCUCAGUUUCCAGUAGUGUUGCAUCCAGCCCUGAAAGGAAGAGGAGAUUGAUAAAACCUCAGCUGAAGGCAGAUACUUCUGCCUCCUCUUCAUCUUCUGCACCUGCAAGAUCAACAGCACUGAGGCAUGUUGCAGCUCAAAUGAAUGGAAAAGCAGCUGAAACUUCUUCUCUUGUGCGGACUAGAAGCAAUAGGGGGAUAACAGAUGUGGCUGUUCCAGAGCAACCAUCUACUUCUUCAGGAGGAAAGCCUUUAACAAUAAAGCCUUUAGUUACAAAGCCUAAUACUGUUGCAGGGUCAGGGAAGUCAGUACUAGAGAAUUCAACCAAACAUUCCAAGAACCAGAAUAUUUUAUCAGUCCCUGCUCAAUCUGAUUAUGGUCAUAACACUAGGAAUAAUACCACAAGAGAAAAUCCUGAAAAAGACAAGCAAAUCAAACGCAAAAUAAAAUCAUCCACUGUUAAUCAACAAGCAGAUUGCAAGAACAAUGCUGUGGCAUCAGGAAGCAUUCAGGUAAAUGGACAUGGAGGGCCACCUUCAAAACCUCCAGUUAAAAGAGGUCCUGGACGGAAACCUAAGGUGGAGACUAAUAACAGUAGCUGUGAAGUGGUACACAAGAAAAGAGGCAGAAAACCAAAAAAGCUUCAAGUUGCUGAACAGAAGGUUGCAGAGCAGAGUACAAUCCAGACUGCACGGGAUAUACCAGAAGAAGCAUCUGCUUCCACUGCCUGUAAUUCUCUUUCUGAAAACAAUAUGAAGGAAGACUUGUUACAAAAGAAAGGCCGUGGGGGUAGAAAGCCAAAAAGAAAGAUGAAGACACAUCAGCCAGGCUCGGACCUUUUAGUUCCUGCAAAUGUUAAAAUGCAAACAAGAAGCAGGAGGAAAAAAAUAGAUGAGCCUAUGGAAGAAGGGUCUGAAGAGCUUAAAGAUUCUGAACCUCACAUGAGAACUAGAAACCAGGGUAGGAGGACAGCCUUUUACAAUGAAGAUGACUCUGAGGAAGAGCAAAGGCAGCUAUUGUUUGAAGACACCUCUUUAACUUUUGGAACAUCUAGCAGAGGCAGAGUCCGAAAGUUGACUGAAAAAGCAAAGGCUAACUUAAUUGGUUGGUAAUUUUACCACGUGUUUUACUUCAGAAUGCUAUGAAGCAGGUACAGUUAAGGAACAAGCAGAACACAGACUUCUGCUUCCCUGCUGCUAUUAUGGGUUAGAAGAAUGUGUUCUGAUUUGGGGAGAAAAAAUUAGCAAAAAAUAAACUGAAAGAACAUUCUUUGAAAGAAAUAUAUAUUUUAAACUUUUGCUAUUUAUUGCCCUCCAAAUAGGUUAUGCAUUUCAACAGUCGUUUUGUUCAUGGUUGAGAAUAAUUGAAACAAUUUCUGACUGACUUACAGAAUUGAGAAUUACUCUGCUCUUGAGUAGUGCAUAGUAUCUCUCCACAAUUAAAAAAAGGUGAUAGAACUUUUAAUGCCACAAACUGAGAACAGAAGUCUAUUUUUGACCAAGCAAGGUACACUUUUAUUGAUUGUAAAGUCAAGUCUCCUAGGACGGCAGAUUUUGGCAAAAAGUGGCAGUAAAUUCACUUACAUUUCUGUUAAAUAUAAACGCAAAAAUACCAAACUUUGCUAAUCUGAAAAUGUUUAAUUUCAGUAGUGAUGGAACAUUCAACUGCAAAAGAAGCCUAGCACAGGCUGUUGGUUUAUCCAAGUUCUGCCAAACAUAGCAAAAAUGUAAUCACAAAUAUAUUUAUAUCCACAUUGGAAAAAGUUUGACUAAUGUCUAAUUUUUCAGACCUUGAUUCUUGUAUCAAUCACUAAAUCUCUGUUUAUUGUGCCAAAGACUGAGAAUCAGUGCAGUGGAAAACCUUUUUUUUCUUUUUGAGUGUCAGUACAGCAUUCAGUUUGCAGUGAUAAAAGCUGUGUAUUGUUUUAAAUUGUAAGUUAACAUUGUUCUGAAAUGUAUCCUUUUUGGUACUUACGGUAGAAAAUAAUGCACUGGUGGGGUCCUUUGACAGAGAUGUUUUGGACAAAAUAUAUAAUUGGUUAAAGGAUUCAAGGAAAUUACAGGACAGGUAUGGAAUUAAUGAUGUUUACUUUCUGAUCCAGAUUGAUCGUUGUUUCUACAACUUUAGACAUGCUUAAGCGGCUAAAAAUGACCUGCAAAGAAGAGUGUAUGUAUAUAUAUUAAUAUAUACAUAAACACAUACAUAUAAAAUAUUACCCAGGUAUAAAUUCUUUUUUCAGGAUUUUUUAGAUAGCACUAGAAUUGAAAAUAAAUUUUAAAAUGUCAUACUUUAUAGUUUAAUUUUAAGGGGAAGAUUGGUUAUUUUCAAUUAUUAAGGUUAAAAAGGCCAAAUCACUUUUUAUGCAAUCAUGUUUUAUACAGUGGUCUCAUUGCACAUUGUGUUUUUCUGCACUUUUUAUGGUAUAUCACGCUGACAUUAGUCAAUAUACACCCUAAAGAAAAAUUCCAUUUAAUGAUUGUGCCUUGUAUUCUAUUAUUUCUUGCAUCCUUAGUAAAAUUAAGUUGUCUAUUGUAAAUGAUAACUAUAUGACUUAGGGGAAUGUAUUACUAUAUGUACUGCUAUGGAAAAGAAAAGCAGUUAUUUAUUUGUUUAUGGUACAUUUAGUUAUUUUAUACCUUUACAAACAAACUUUAAUACCAUUUUCUAUCACUUAAAAAAAGUAUUGUCCAGUUUUAAGGAAAAAGUACAGAAGUAGUAGUAUUUUCUGAGAUCUGGUAUGGUACAAAAAUGUAACCAAAAUUUUCAGAUUAUAUAUUAUUUUGGAACUCUGGGUAGUGUGAAAGAACAACUGUGUGACCCUAACUUAGUUGGAAAAAUAAACCUGAAAUGAAAGCCCAAUUCUGCACACCCUUACUUUAUAAUGAUUCUUCUUUUACAAACAACGUCUGCUGCAUCUGGAAGGGGGAGGGCUUACAAAAUUAAGACCUUAAAUUGCACAGAUUCUGUUUACUUAUUUGGGGCCAAAUUGUUCACUCUUUACUUUCUGUUACAAAAAAAGCUUACAUGUUUGAGCAAAGAAUGUUGACGUUUGGCACCAAGAGGAAUAGAAAUACGCUAGUGUGGAUUGCAAACUGGUAUCCACCAUACUUGGUUUAAUAUAGUUCAUUGUACAUUUUGUUACAAAAAUUCAGUUUAGUAUUUUCGAGAGCCUCAUUGCAUUGUUUUGAUGAUGAAUUUGGGGAGCAGGGAGUGGUUUGCGUUUCAUUUGUUUGUGUAUUUAUUUUUUUCUAACAAGCAUUUCUUUAUUAUCCAAUUAAAAUGGAAUCACUAAACAUAUAGUAAGAUGGAAAGCUCUGGUUAUACGGUUACAGUACAGCUUCACAUUUCAAGGCUAAUCAAACUCUUCAAUUUUAGGAAAUCUCACUGAUGAAGGCAAUCAUUUGAAAAUGUGUAAUUUCCUGAUGUUAUCUGCAUUGUAAUAUAUGAAAUAGAUUAUAUCUAAAAUUCAGUUCUUCUGUAUUUACUCCAUUUGUAGUAAUGUUUUAUACAGCAUGUUUAUGUAUAUAUUUAUAUACUGAAAAUACCUUGUAUGUAAAUUUUGGAGGCUAAAAUAAUAUGCAUUCCCUUAAGAGUAGGUAGAAAAUCACACAUCUUAAUUUUACAAGAAUAGAAGGCCUUACCUUGCGGAACAUGGGUACUGCUUCCCUCCCAGUAAUACUGGUGACUAUAGUCUGUUAUUUUUAAAUUCAUAUUAGACACAUGGCUGUUCUUCCUUUAAAAUGAAUUGUGCAUUAUUUGGGUCAGAUUUUUUUUUAUAGACGCAGCACCAAACAUUUUAGUAAAAGACCAGAUUUAUUUGAAAAUUACAUUUUUCUUUAUAAUUUAGCUUCACUAGAUGGCAAACAUUUUAUUUAUGAGACUUUAGUCACCAUCAGGCUGUGAGCAUUUUGGUUGGGAAGAAUAUAUUAUUUGCAGUUGUGACAUACUGUAUCAACACAGAAAAAGAGCUUUUGGUUAUGAUGUUUAAAGGUUUUAAAUGUGAGCAAUAAACUAUUAAUGUUUUUAAAUAAUUUAAGAACUAUAGUUACAUGCAUGUUUUAGAUAAUGGCAUCUCAAGUACGUAACAACUGACGCAGAAAAUGGAACAUCAAAAUCUCAUGUGCUUGUUUCACAUAUGCAUUGUAAAUAUAACAUAGGUGUCUUAUUCAUAUGCAAUCAAAUGAUCUUACAGAGCUGGCAGUAAGUAAUAUUAUUCAUUAAAUUCAUUUAUGUUCAUUUAUAUUUGACAUAGAUAUGAGGAUACUAUUCAGAAAUUUAUGUUCUGUACUGGGAACCAUUAAAAUUGGUAUUUACCGCAUUUACCACUGAGUGGUAUCUAACAGCAGUGUGUACUCUUAACUGCAGAUGAGGAAAUAACUUUUUCUUUGAUACCAGUGUGUUCUAAAUGUUCAACAGAAUCAUUGUAUCUGUGCCUACAUAUUUAACAGUUCUAAUGAUUUUGUUUCUGUUGUUAACGUGUUAUCCAGAAACUGAACUUAAAUUUUACCACUAUAUUAUUGUUCACUAUUGUCAAUAUUGAACUAGAGGUUCAUUGUCACUGUGCAAUGAACCAGUGAUAUAACUUUACAGAAAAAUGUCUUCCUCCAGUGCUUAGACUGCUGUGAUAUAUAUUUGCAUAUGUUUAUUUGUACGGUGUCCAGUUUGUACAUGUGUGAUCAGUUUGUUGUUAGACUUGUAAGAUUGAGUUGGUUGAGUUAAAUAUUACUAUGGCUUAAUAUUUGUAAAACUGUUAAUUGAUAAAGGACCCUGAUGCAGCACGUUAGAAUAUAUUAGUAUCUAUAAAAAAAUAAAUUGUAGUGUAGAGACAACUUAUUCAUUGUAUUACUGUACAAAUAUUUUUCAAGUAUCAAUUUUGAGUCUGUGCCAGAGGCUUUUGCCUUACCAAAAAAAAAUAAA